AUGUCUGUGCUGGAGCGUAAAGGAAGAGGAGGAGGAGGGCACAGACCGCACAAACCGCCGAUGUAGCCUACUAGUAGAGAAGAGCGAUAAACGCCUGUAUCAACUGACUGACAAGUUAACCGAGAUGGAGAAAACUUCACCUAAACUCUUCAGUUUAUGGAUUUAUUGCGUAAUUGUAUUCCUAACUGAUGCUGGGCUAGGUUCCAACAUCUGUACUUCUCGAGGAGCCAGCACAUGUCAGCAGUGCCUGGCAGUGCAUCCUACCUGUGCUUGGUGCUUUCAAGAGGAUUUUGGACAAAAUGUACCUGGUUCCUCCCGAUGUGACCUGAAGAAGAGCCUCAUAGAAGCAGGAUGCAGAAGAGGAGCUCUGGAGUAUCCCACCAGCAAAAUGCAUGUGACAGAGAACAAAGAUCUCAGUGACAAGGCCUCGGGAUCCACCACCGACGUCACCCAGAUCCAACCUCAGAGCAUGCACAUCUCUCUGAGACCCGAUGAUUCCCAGGUCUUCACACUGAAAGUCCGUCAGGUUGAGGACUACCCUGUGGACUUGUAUUAUCUGAUGGACUUGUCCUACUCCAUGAAUGACGACCUGUCGCAGCUGCGACGGCUGGGGCGAGGCCUGGCUGAAGAGAUGAGUAAAACCACCAGCAAUCUACGCAUGGGCUUUGGGGCUUUCGUGGAUAAACCCGUGUCCCCGUACAUGUACAUCUCACCUCAAGAAGCCGUGUUAAAUCCCUGUUACUCGAUCCCAUACAAAUGCCAACCUCAGUUUGGCUACAGACACGUUCUUUCUCUGACAGAGGAGGUCGGCCGCUUUACAGAGGAAGUGAAGAAACAGAAGGUGUCUCGGAACAGGGACGCGCCAGAAGGAGGCUUUGAUGCCAUUAUACAGGCAGCCGUGUGCAAGGAGAAAAUUGGUUGGAGACCAGGUGCAUCCCACUUACUGGUUUUCACCACAGAUGCGAAGACACACGUGGCACUCGAUGGGCGCCUGGCGGGCAUUGUACGACCCAAUGAUGGCCAAUGUUAUGUGGGCACAGAUAACGUCUACAAUAUGUCUACAACUAUGGACUACCCAUCCCUGGCAUUAAUCACAGAGAAAAUGUCAGAGAACAAUAUAAAUCUCAUCUUUGCUGUGACUAGCCAUGUGGAAUCACUCUAUAAGAACUACAGUGAGCUGAUCCCUGGCACUGCGGUGGGCACGCUGUCCGAGGACUCUCAUAAUGUCAUCCAGCUGAUCCAGGAUGCAUACGCUAAACUGCGUUCUAAGGUUGAGCUGGAGCUCUUGAAUGUCCCGGAAGAGCUCAGUCUGACAUUUAAUGCCACAUGUCUCAAUGGAGAGGUCAUCCCUGGGCUAAGAUCCUGCUCUGGCCUCAAAAGAGGAGAUACCGUAUCCUUCAGUGUAGAAGCUCGGGCCAGAGGCUGUCCUAAAGAGAAGCGCAAGACCUUCACCAUCAAACCGGUGGGCUUCAAAGACACCUUGCAGAUCACAGUCAACUUCGAGUGUGAGUGUAAAUGCCAAGCUAAGGCAGAGCCUGACAGUCCCGUCUGUCACCAUGGCAAUGGCACCUACGAGUGUGGGAUCUGCCUGUGCAACCCGGGACGAUUGGGUCCCAGGUGUGAAUGUGCAGAGGGGGACUACAGCCCCACCGAGCAGGACGCCUGCACCGGGCCAGACAAAGUGGUCUGCAGCGGCCGUGGAGACUGUGUGUGUGGCCAGUGUGUGUGCCACAAUAAUGAUUUCGGCAAGGUGUGGGGGAAGAGGUGUGAGUGUGACGAUUUCAGCUGCCUGCGGUACAAAGGAGAGCUGUGCUCAGGUCAUGGCACUUGUUCCUGUGGGUUUUGCCAGUGUGAUUCAGACUGGAAGGGGGAGAACUGCAACUGUUCUACUCGUACAGACACCUGCAUGUCCAGUUUGGGGCUGUUGUGCAGCGGUCGUGGUCAGUGUGUGUGUGGGAGCUGUGAGUGCACUCAGCCUGGGGCCUACGGCUCCACCUGCGACAAAUGCCCCACCUGCCCUGAUGCCUGUACCUUGAAGAAGGACUGUGUAGAGUGUAAGCACUUUAAGAGAGGGAAACUCUUCGAUGAUGACUCCUGCACUCGAAUCUGCAGAGAUGAAAUCAGACUGGUGGAUGAUUUGGUUUUCCAUGAUAAGAAUGCAGUGAAUUGCACCUAUAAGGAUGAGGACGACUGCGUGCAAAGGUUUCAGUACUAUGAGGACAACAGUGGCAAAUCCAUCUUGUUUCUGGUGAAAGAGCCAGACUGUCCUAAAGGCCCUGAUAUCUUGGUGGUGCUCCUGUCAGUAGCUGGUGCCAUUUUGUUCUUGGGUCUGGCUGCCCUGCUUAUCUGGAAACUGCUCAUCACCAUCCAUGAUCGGCGUGAAUUUGCUAAGUUUGAGGAGGAGCGGGCACGUGCCAAGUGGGAAACGGGCCACAACCCCCUCUACAAAGGUGCCACAUCAACAUUCACAAACAUCACAUACCGAGGCAAGGACUGACUGCAGAGAGCAGAGGAAGAAUUGGACAUCGCUAACAGACAGUGUUCAUAUUUUAAAAGGUUUAAAAGUAUUAAUGUUUUUGUAAAAUUGAAUAUGCAAAUUGAACACGUUCAGGAAGGGUUGUACAUAUUUUGUUGUUGUACAUACAGUAUGUAAAGUCAAAAAUGGCAUAAUCCCUCUGUGGAAGUCUUUCUGUUUGUCACUGGAUGAAUGUUAAUCUUUACAUUUGCUUCCUACAUAACUGUAUUUGUCAGCAGCACCGUGCCUGGAGAGAUAGCUUCACACUGUAGUGACACACGUCAAGCCAUUUCCUCCCUCUCCCUGCUCCCUCACUCUGUGCAGUGGCAGAUAUGAAUGAUAAAAAGCCUGAGUAAUCUUUGCAACUACUGAUGGCCUGUGGUAACACUGAAUCCCUCAUCAUGAGCAAGAAAUGUUCUUAAUAUAAGCUGUUCUCUUCGCUGUGGUUAUAGCUUUAUUAAUAUUAUGCAACUAUAGUGGUAGCUUUAUCCCACUGGCCUUUAGUGCACAAUUUUGGUAGGGUUCACAAAUCAAGUGCUGUAUAAAAAUGUACGAGAGUUGUCUGUCGCCAUAAUUUUUUACAAAAUGUAUGUCAAAAAUAGAGACAUUUUUAUUAUUUGUCUGGCAGAAUGACCUUAAAAGCCAAAAGUCCUUCUCAGCUCAAGUGCAAAAAAGUAACAGUGCCCUCCAAUGGGAAAUAUAUGAACGUCUGGAUUUUGUGUUUUGAUGCUGUCAGACUCAGACCAAAUUUAGUAUGUGUUAAUUAAAUAGUUAGACAGUUUGUCAAAUUAUGUCUUAAAAAAAUACAUCUAAUGUGAUAUAUUUAAGUUAAAUAUCAUUACCUUUCCUUAUAUCUAGCGAUGCCACACACUUCAAUCUUAAUAUCAACAAAACAUGAUAUGUGUAUCAAUGUUUUUUCCAUGCUCAUAUUAGUAGAAUACAUUACUGUUAUUAAUUACUAUUAAAGUAAUUUCAUUGUUUGUAUUUGGGGUUAAUUAAGGCCUGUUUUUCCAUUUCAUUCCAUAUCACUUUUAUGGGUCUAAUAACCUGGUCUAAUUUAAAUUAAUCGGACUAAUUCUAUAUUUAAUUUUCUUGUGAAGGCAUGUAAUAUUUCUGUGGAUGUGAUUCUGUUAUAUGUAUUGAACUACAGCGCCACCUACUGGACCGAUGUUACAACCAUGUACAGUUCGAAUGAUUUUUCCUUUUUCAUCAAAACACUGAUAGGUAGCGUAAUUAUUAUGCGAGUUAUUUAAGUUUUACGUGCAGCAAAUAAUGUAUUAUAGGGAAUUUGCAUUUACUA